GAAGGGGGGAUGUGAGGGGAGCGCGGCGUGCAGCACACGGAGCCCGGGCUCCCAGCGGCAAGGGGAGGAAGAGCGGCUUUCCCGGCGGAGGGGGAUUAAAUCCCCAGCCACACACACAAAGCCGCGGCCAGGCCACUGGAGACGCCGGCCCCGCGGCGGGAGCGCGAUGUAGGAGGGCAGCCGGCGCCGGCAGGGGACACUCCGCCCGGAGCGGCCAGCAACAUGGCGCUGCCAGCCCAGCGCCCGCAGCCCGAGUGAGCCUCGCGGGCUGCGGAGCCCAGGCAGCCGCGCAGCCCUCGCCGCGGCCACCUGCCCCGCCAGCCUCUGCUGCCCCCCGCGCGGCACCGAGCGCCGCCAGCCCAGCGCCGCAGCUCGGACACACGCCCCGAGAGGGGGAGGGGAGCAGCAAACUUUUUGCAUCCACCCAGCCUGCGCUUCCCUUCCGGGGAGAGGAGGGGACUACGGCCCCGGGACCCAGGCGGCCGCACUCGGCGCUGUUGCUCUCCCAGCCGGAGCACAAGAAUAUAAAAUCGUGAAGAAAAAGCAGCGCUUUUAAGACGACGUCAUGCUUUCUGCAACUCCCCUGUAUGGCAACGUUCAUAGCUGGAUGAGCAAUGAAAGGGUCCGCAUGUGUGGAAUUAAUGAAGACAGGAAAAUUCCAGUAAAUGAUGGCGAUGCUCCGAAAAGCAGACUGGAAUUGAGGGAAGAAAAUCACCUGAAUCACAGUGUGGUGGAUGCAACUGCAGCACAUCGCAUUGACAGUCUUGCAGCUCUGAGCAUGGACAGGUCUGGACUUAUGCGGGAAGGACUUAGAGUCCCCAGUAGUAUUGUCUAUUCCAGUUUAUGUGGACUUGGCUCAGAGAAAGCACGGGAUGCUACAAGUUCUAUAGCUGGUCUUGGAUUUACUUCUGAAAGAAAUCCAGAGAUACAGUUCAAAUCGAAUCCCUCCGAAGCAAUAGAAAAUGCAGCUGUCUCUGGAAAACCCCCAAAUGGCUUCAGUGCUAUAUAUAAAACACCACCUGGAAUACAAAAAAAUUCUGUUCCAACAGGGGAAACGCUAGGCUUGGACAGAACUUCAAGUGACAAACAAAGUCCUCUUAAUGUCAAUGGUGCUAGUUACCUAAGGCUUCCCUGGGUAAAUCCUUAUAUGGAGGGUGCAACACCUGCUCUAUAUCCUUUUCUUGACUCACCAAAUAAGUAUUCAUUGAACAUGUAUAAGGCAUUGCUACCUCAGCAGUCCACAUACAGCUUACCACAACAUCUGACAUAUUCACCUGUAUGUACAAAUGGUGAACGUUUUUUAUAUUUGCCGCCCUCUCACUACGUUGCUCCCCACAUUCCAUCAUCUUUAGCUUCACCAAUGAGGAUCUCAGCUGCUUCAGCAUCUCCAACAAUUCCCCCACUAGUACACUGUCCAGAUAAAAGCUUGUCUUGGAAGAUGGGAGUCAGUCCUGGAAAUCCUGUUGACUCUCAUGCCUAUCCACAUAUUCAGAACAGCAAACAGCCCAGAGUCCCAUCAGCAAAGUCAGCUGCUGGUAAUAUGUCGACAGACCCUGCUAUCUUGUUAUCUCAUUCACCGAGACCAUCUCCUAGAGUUCAUCUGCCCACACAAGUUGGGGAUACCUACUCAGAGUAUCACAAACAGUUUACCAGAAUUUCGACGUCUCCUUCUUCAGUUACGCUCCCAAAGCCAUAUGUGAGUGUAAGUAAUGAAUUUCCUCCUUCACGACUGUCUAAUGGAAAAGUUCCCAAAACACAUGACACUGGUGAAAUUUCACAGCAAGCUACAACACAUGUAAGAAAAACAGGUCACGAUAGAAAGGACAGCCGGUCACCUCUACUAGAAAAACAAACAACUGCCAAAGAUGUCAUAGACAAGCCACUAGACUUGUCAUCAAAAGUUGUUGAUGCAGAGACAACCAAAUCUGACCUUAUUAAAAAAAUGGCACCAACUGUUUUAGUUCAUAACCGAGGUGGAAGUGGAUUAGUUUUAUCUGGGAGCGAUGUUCAGAAAGAAACUAUUUUUCCUUCGGGAAAUGGUUGUCCUCUCUAUAGACCUGACAUAAUUAGCACUGCACCCUCAUCCUGGGUUGUUCCUGGUCCAAGUCCAAACGAAGAUACCGGUGGUAAAAACAUGCAGUUGAAAAACAAAGCAUUAGACUGGGUGAUACCACAACAGAGAAGUUCUUCUUGCCCUAGGAUGGGUGGAACAGAAGCAGUAGUCAGUAAUAUUUCAGGGUCUGUGUCAAGUGGAGGUCGGCCAGCAUCUGCUUCGCCAGCCCCAAACGCCAAUGUAGAUUGCACCAAGACAAACAGGAGUGCUAUGGAAAGUACUGCAUCUGUCAUACAGCAUAUAGGACAACCGUUAGCAACGUCUGCAAAACAUAACAGUAAAGUGACUAAAUCCAAUAAUCAAGAAUCUAGUUUCAAAGCAAAUGAGAAUGCCCUUGCAUCAAGUUCCAUGUUUUUACCUCCAAAUGAGGCAUUCCGAUCUCCACCAUUGCCGUAUCCAAGAAGUUAUCUCCCAUUUCCAGUUCCAGAGGGUAUAGCUAUAAGCCCUUUAUCUUUACAUGGGAAAGGACCUGUGUAUCCUCAUCCACUUUUGUUACCUAAUGGCAGUCUUUUCCCUGGGCAUCUGGCACCAAAACCUGGCAUUCCAUACACCCUGCCAGCGGCUAGAGGAGAGUUUAUGACCUAUCAAGAUGCCCUGGGGAUGGGGAUGGUACAUCCUAUGUUGUUACAGCAUUCAGCUUUGGAAAUAAAUAAGGAUGAAAAAUCAGAAAGAAGAUCUAGGUCACACGAAAGGCUCCGCUAUGAGGAUCCUGCUACAAGAAACAGAUUGCCAGAGAUGCUGGAAACCAGUACAAAGACACAUUAUGAAGUACCUAUUGAUAAGAACACAAAAUCACACCAAAGUUCAAGUCAUAGUAAGAACGCGGCCAAAAGUGACAAACACCUCUUUUCAGAUCUUCUGCGAGAUGAACAAGAUGUGAAAAGUGAAACAAAUGUAGCAAAAACUGGCUUUACUACUGAAAGCAGUAUUCAAACUAGUGACCCCACGAAGCGCAAGGUAGAACAAGUGUUGCAGCACAGAGAUUUUAUUGUAAUGAGAGAAGAGUUUGGAAGAAAUAAUGACUUCCACGAAACCUAUAAUUUUAAACAGUCCCAGAAUUCAUCACUGUUCAAUUUAAGGAAAGAGGAUGUAUCAGGAAGCCAAAAUAAAGAAAGAUUACCAGUUCAGACUUCCUCUGCUUUCUUAGAGAAUACUCAUGGAAGUGAUGGUCCAGCUAUGUGUUUUGGCAAAGUACAGGAUGGUGCAAAACAACUUUGUAUGGGAAAUAUACAGUCAAAUAUUGAGUCUAAUCAGACAUAUACCAAAGAUGGAACUGAUGAUCUAGAAUCUACUGAUGGCAAAAUUUUGAAACCCAAGCCGUCUAAAUUGGCAAAAAGAAUUGCAAACUCUGCUGGCUAUGUAGGUGAUCGAUUCAAGUGUGUUACAACUGAACUGUAUGCAGAUUCUAGUCAACUCAGCCGAGAGCAGCGGGCACUGCAGAUGGAAGGAUUACAAGAGGACAGUAUUUUAUGUCUACCUGCUGCUUACUGUGAGCGUGCAAUGAUGCGCUUCUCAGAGUUGGAGAUGAAAGAGAGAGAAGGCCACACAGCAACCAAAGACUCAGAGGUCUGCAGAUUCAACCAGGCAGACUGGGAAAACUUGAAAGGAAAUAAUGAAAAGAAGCCAAAGUCUGUCACUCUGGAAGAUGCCAUUGCUGAUCAAAAUGACAAUGAUAGAUGUGAUUUUAAUAGUGCAGAAAACAACCAAGAUCAUUUUCUUGAAACCUCAGAGGAAAGAGACCCUGCAACUGAGAAAUAUUAUCUGGAGAGACAUCCUCUCUAUGAAAAUAUAGGGGACCAGUCAACAGAAGAUAUCAGCCAGCAUCCAUGCCCACGUCUGGAUAGAAAGCGUAAACACUCUGGCGAGAGAGUACAGAACGAGGGCAGCCAAAACGAAAACUUUGUGGAUGAACUGCAGGAUGAAGCUGUGUCGAAGGCAAAAAAGAGGAGGAGCUCCAAAGAUGACUGGCCUGAGAGGGAAAUGACAAACAAUUCCUCUAACCACUUAGAAGAGCCCAAUUGUAAUGAGGUGACCAACCUGAAGGUGUGCAUUGAAUUAACAGGGCUCCAUCCCAAAAAGCAGCGUCACCUGCAGCAUCUUAGGGAACUAUGGGAGCAGCAGGUGUCACCAGAGAGAUCCCCGUCCGGCAAGUUGGGCCGGCAAAGCAGGAAAGAUUUAGCUGAGGCUGUUCACCCAGAGGCCACUGCAAAGGUCAAAGACUGCACAGAAGAAAGGCACACCAGGAAAAGGUCAGAGGUCAAAAGCAAUAGAAGUUGGUCUGAAGAGUCCCUCAAAACAAGUGACAAUGAACAAGGAUUGCCUCUAUUCAUGGUGUCUCCACCCGCGAAGAGCCUUUCAUCCACCAAUGCAAACAGCAAAAGGCAGACUCAGCCAAGCUGUACUCCAGCCUCGAGGUUGGCUGCCAAACAGCAGAAAAUUAAAGAGAGCCGGAAUACAGAUGUGCUGUGCACAGAUGAAGAGGAGGAUUUCCAAGCUACAUCCCUGCUGCAGAGAUAUUCUGAGUGUGAGAAGCCAUCAGGGAAACGUCAGUGUAAAACAAAACACUUGGCACUACAGGAGAGGAGAAGGAGGUCAUCCCUGACAGGGGAUGAUGCCACAGAUAUUGAAAAUGUUGAAGAUAAGGUCACAGUAACAAGAAGAUUCAGAAAGCGACCAGAGCCUACUUCAGACUGUGACUCUUCACCAGCCAAAUCAUAUGAGCAGAAGCUGUAUGAUCGCCUGCAGCAGACUUCCUCAUUAUUACCUGUCUCUCAGCCCUCGCAGUUGCAGAUUGCAAGCACCCCUCAGGAGACCACCCCAAGUCGUCCCAUGCCGCCUGAAGCACGAAGACUUAUUGUCAAUAAGAAUGCUGGCGAAACUCUUCUGCAAAGGGCAGCUCGUCUGGGAUAUGAGGAAGUGGUUCUGUAUUGUUUGGAAAACAAGGUCUGUGAUGUAAAUCAUCGUGACAACGCAGGUUAUUGUGCCCUCCAUGAGGCCUGCGCCAGAGGCUGGCUGAGCAUUGUGCGACAUCUCCUAGAGUAUGGGGCUGAUGUUAACUGCAGCGCUCAGGAUGGAACCAGGCCUAUCCAUGACGCAGUAGAAAAUGAUCACUUAGAAAUUGUACGCUUGUUACUUUCUUAUGGCGCUGAUCCAACACUUGCUACCUACUCAGGUAGAACUAUUGUGAAAAUGACACACAGUGAACUGAUGGAAACGUUUCUAACAGAGUAUUUAACUGACCUGCAAGGUCGAAGCGUUGAUGACCCUGGUUUGUACUGGGAUUUCUAUGGCAGCUCUGUGUGCGAUCCAAAAGAUGAAUCUGGAUUUGACAUCCUGGCAAAUCCACCUGGCCCAAGUGAUGAGGAUGAAGAUGGCUUUAGCGAUGUGUUUGAAUUUGAAUUUUCAGAUGGGCCUCUCUUGCCAUGUUACAACAUCCAAGUGUCUCUCUCUCAGGGACCGCGAAACUGGCUAUUGCUGUCGGACAUAGUAAAGAGGCUGAAAAUGUCAUCCCGCAUAUUCCGUUGCAACUUCCCUAAUGUAGAAGUUGUCACGAUCACCGAGGCAGAGUUUUACAAACAGACGUCUUUGAGUCAGUUGUUCUCUUGUGCUAAGGACCUUGAAGCUUUUAAUCCGGAAAGCAAGGAACUCUUGGACUUAGUAGAGUUUACAAGUGAACUUCAGACUUUACUUGGCUCUUCACUUGAGUGGUUGCAUCCGGAUGAUGAUAAUCUCUCUGAUAUCCAUUGGUGAGCCACCAGGCCAUUUAAUGUAUAGUACCAUAUAAAGUUAAUUCUUUAUGUAUAUGUGUUAAAAAUGCAAUUGUUUCUGUAAAGAAAGGACACUAUUAAAUAUUAAAAUAUCUUUCCUUUAUAUAAGAGAUUUGAAUUCCAGUUUGAUGAACUUUGGAACAUUUUUUUUUUUUUAAGAACUUUAAUCAGUUUUUACAAAAUUGUUAUAUAAUGUUUCUUUAAAUGCACACAGGCUUUGGGAUACUUUUGUUUUUACUUGGAACACAUUUAAAAAAUCUAACACACCCACACAUUGACUUUGUUUCAUACAAAGCACUGAUUACACAGAACAUACUUUUAUAGGUGAUGUGAUCAAAGUCAUGUGGCUUGUUUGGGAGAUAGAAUUUGGUAAGGCACUUCGUGAUAUUAUUUUUGUUUACAGAAUUACCUGCUUUGGCCAGGUAAGCACUAUUGAAUAUAAUUCAAUAGCUUGUAAUAUAAAUUAAAACCACAUCCAUAUACACCAACUAAUUGUAUGAACUUUUAUAUCCUAAUUUAAAAACUGUGAAAUUUAGUUUUCACACAUCAAACCGGAUUGUUUAUAUAUGUUUAAACAUUUUAUGCUCUUUAUUUAAAGAAGACUUUGAACUAUUUUUUCUGUAUCUUGUAAAAUAUUGAAAAACUAACAUAUGUUGAAGUUGCUUGAAACUGUACAUAAACUAAAAUUUUCUGAAUUGUGUGUUUACGUUUGAGAUCCGUGUUUUAACUUUGUAAGUAAAUUCUCCUGCCUUUGUAUUUAUAUUUUACAAAAAUUUUCUUAAAGGCAAUAAAACUGUUGAGAAAAUUAA